ACGACCAUGGCCAAACCUCGGAGACAAGCCUUCCGGGUCGCGGGUUACCUAUUCCACGCCCAGUCCCCCUGCAGCCUUUCCACCGCAGAGGAACUGUUUUUAGACGCUGCAGAAUACGGCAACAUCCCAGAAGUGAGGCGUCUGCUGGAGGAGCUGCCCCACUUUAAUUUCAACUGUGUGAACUACAUGGGCCAGAAUGCACUGCAGCUGGCGGUUGCUAAUGAACACUUAGAGGUGACGAAGCUCCUACUAAGGAAGAAAAAUCUGGGUAGAAUUGGAGACGCUCUGCUGUUAGCGAUAAGCAAAGGGUAUGUCCGUAUAGUGGAGGAAAUCCUGAGCCAUCAGGCGUUUGCAGACAGUCACAUGUUGACGAACAGUCCCAGUCAAGCAGACGCACAUGAUGACUUCUUCGCCUACGAUGAAGAUGGCACUCGAUUCUCCCAUGACAUCACUCCCAUCAUCCUCGCUUCCCAGUGCCACGAGUAUGAAAUCGUGCACAUACUCCUAAUGAAAGGGGCCCGGAUAGAUCGUCCUCAUGACUACUUCUGCCAGUGUAGUACAUGCAUCGAGCAGCAGCGGGACUCUUUCAGCCACUCUCAGUCUCGUAUUAAUGCAUAUAAAGGUCUGGCCAGUCCUGCAUAUCUGUCCCUGUCCAAUGAGGACCCAGUGAUGGCAGCUCUGGAGCUGAGCAAUGAACUGGCAGUUCUGGCCAACAUUGAGAAAGAGUUCAAGAAUGAUUAUAAGAAACUGUCCAUGCAGUGCAAAGACUUCGUGGUGGGACUCCUGGAUCUGUGUCGGAAUACUGAAGAGGUGGAGGCGGUCUUAAACGGCAACACCGAAUCUUGCCCGACCCUUAAACCCUCCGUAAGACAGAAUCUCAUCAGGUUAAAACUGGCAAUAAAAUAUGAAGUGAAAAAGUUUGUGGCACAUCCGAACUGCCAACAGCAACUCCUCUCAAUCUGGUACGAGAACUUAUCUGGAGUGCGACAGCAAGCAACGGCAGUGAAAAUCCUCCUUGUCCUUGGUGUAGCUGUUGGAUUGCCCGUCCUAGCCUUGAUCUACUGGAUAGCGCCGACAAGUAAGAUGGGGAAACUCCUGUGUGGACCUUUUCUGAAGUUUGUGGCCCAUGCAGCUUCCUUCAUCAUCUUUCUGUGCUUGCUGGUUCUGAACACGGCUGACCGAUUCGAGGGAACGUCGCUGCUUCCGAACAUGACCUUGCACGAUCACCCUUUGCAGUUGUUUCGUAUGAAGACCACCCCCUUCACGUGGAUGGAGAUUCUCAUCAUAUCUUGGGUCAUAGGAAAGAUCUGGGAGGAAUGUAGAGACAUUUGGUCCCAAGACAUCCGUGAAUAUAUCUCCGAGCCCUGGAACCUCCUCGAUUUCAGCAUUUUGACCAUUUUUAUGACUUCCUUCAUUGCCAGAUUAAUGGCAUUUUGGCAUGCGUAUUCUGCCCAGUGUUAUGUGGACAAGCACUACAAGCACUACGCCGACUUGUCCAACGUGACUUUACCAUUUGACAUCCAGUAUUUCCAACUAGCUCGAGUCAACUGGAUGCCCUCAGACCCGCAGCUUAUAUCCGAAGGCCUGUACGCAAUCGCAGUCGUGCUCAGUUUCUCGCGCAUCGCCUACAUCCUGCCCGCAAAUGAGAGCUUUGGGCCUCUGCAGAUCUCUCUGGGAAGGACGGUGAAGGACAUCUUUAAAUUCCUGGUCAUUUUCAUAACCGUGUUUGUGGCGUUCAUGGUGGGAAUGUUCAAUCUUUACUCAUACUACCUCGGAGCCAAGUACAACGAUGCCUUUACAACGGUUGAGGAGAGUUUCAAGACUUUAUUUUGGGCCAUCUUCGGCUUGUCUGAAGUGAAAUCGGUGGUCAUUAACAUCGACCAUAAAUUCAUAGAGAACAUCGGCUACAUCCUGUACGGCGUCUACAACAUCAUCAUGGUCGUCGUUCUGCUGAAUAUGCUCAUUGCAAUGUUUAACAGCUCCUUCCAAGAAAUACAGGAUGACGCUGAUGUGGAGUGGAAGUUUGCCAGAGCCAAACUUUGGUUCUCGUACUUUGAGAACGGUGGAACUCUGCCUGUUCCCUUCAACCUCGUACCCAGUCCCAAGGCUGUGGCCUCUCUUCUGUCCAGGAUGAAGACAUUUCUCUGGGAUGUACCUCGACAUGAAAGCAGAGAAAACUCUAACUGUGAGGUGGAACUUAAGAAGUUGAGGCAACAGGAAGUUCCAAGUGUGGAAUCUUCAUUUUCUCAGACCCAUCACCAAAAGAUAAUGAAUCGACUUAUCAAAAGAUACGUCUUGAAAGCACAAAGAGAUAAAGACAACGACGAGGUGAACGAAGGUGAGCUGAAGGAGAUCAAACAGGACAUCUCCAGUCUCCGCUACGAGCUUCUGGAGAGGGGGAAACACGAUACCGAGACACUGGCCGAGCUUAUCAGGCAGCUGGAGGAAGUCAUGCAUGUUCAACAGAAACUCAAGUACAAGGAGCUGAAGAAUGAGCUGGUUACUUUGUCUUAAAAUGUUAAUAUUAGAGAAAGUGGAAUAUGGACAA